UGUGUGUCCGCGCGCGGGCGGGUGUUGCGGGGGAGUGGUCUCUCGCGUUCCAAGCGGUCGGCUUCCCCCAGACCGCGUCCUGCCCCGCGCGGGCAUCCGUAACCGCGCCUCGGGCCGGACGAUGCCCAGGAAGCUGCUGCUGCUGCCUCCGCUGUCCGCGCGCUCGGCUUUCCGCGCCCCGCGAGCCCGCCCCGCGCUGCUGCCGGCCAUGAACGCCGCCCGCACGGGAUACCGGGUAUUCUCGGCCAACUCCACGGCCGCCUGCACCGAGCUGGCCAAGCGCAUCACCGAGCGUCUUGGUGCUGAAUUGGGGAAGUCUGUUGUAUACCAAGAGACCAAUGGAGAAACAAGAGUUGAAAUCAAAGAGUCUGUUCGUGGCCAAGAUAUUUUCAUCAUACAGACAAUACCCAGAGAUGUGAACACAGCUGUGAUGGAAUUACUGAUCAUGGCUUAUGCCCUGAAGACCUCCUGUGCCAGGAACAUCAUUGGCGUCAUCCCCUACUUCCCCUACAGCAAGCAAAGCAAGAUGAGGAAGAGGGGCUCCAUCGUGUGCAAGCUCCUGGCAUCCAUGCUGGCGAAAGCGGGUUUAACUCACAUUAUCACUAUGGAUCUGCACCAAAAGGAAAUCCAAGGCUUUUUCAGCUUUCCCGUGGACAACCUUAGAGCCUCACCUUUCCUGCUUCAGUAUAUCCAGGAAGAAAUUCCAAAUUACAGAAACGCAGUCAUUGUAGCUAAGUCUCCUGAUGCUGCGAAAAGGGCUCAGUCCUAUGCUGAGAGGCUACGCCUGGGGUUGGCUGUGAUCCACGGAGAAGCUCAGUGCACAGAGCUGGACAUGGAUGAUGGUCGCCACUCUCCCCCCAUGGUCAAGAAUGCGACUGUGCACCCAGGCCUGGAGUUGCCCUUGAUGAUGGCCAAAGAAAAGCCGCCAAUUACGGUCGUUGGAGACGUCGGAGGACGCAUCGCCAUCAUAGUGGAUGACAUUAUUGACGACGUGGAGAGUUUUGUUGCUGCUGCAGAGAUCCUGAAAGAGAGAGGUGCUUACAAGAUCUAUGUGAUGGCCACUCAUGGCAUCCUGUCUGCUGAGGCCCCCCGCCUAAUUGAGGAGUCCUCCAUUGAUGAGGUGGUGGUGACAAAUACUGUCCCUCAUGAGGUCCAGAAGCUACAGUGUCCCAAGAUAAAGACUGUGGAUAUCAGCUUGAUUCUUUCUGAGGCAAUUCGGAGGAUCCACAAUGGAGAGUCCAUGGCGUACCUCUUCCGGAACAUCACGGUGGAUGACUAGCUCCUGGCUGCCUGGUUCCCGGAGCUCCAGAGGGAGGCAUGGCCACAGCAGGACAUCGAGUGUGGACAGUGUGUCCUGGCAGGAGAGGCUGGGGAGAGGCUGCCUGCCUAUAGUCUCUCUCCCAGGCCAGAAGGAGGAGACAUUGAGAAGGGCAAGAAAACUGAGCUGGAGGUUAAAGAACGCAGCCUUAAUGUCCACCACCGCCAGUGCUGCUUAGAAGCGACCUGUCCUGACCACAUGGUGAACCACAGUGAUGUGAAGAGGAGCUCAAGGCAGAGAAGGGCUUGCCGCUGUCGAUGCUCCGUUGUCCCGGCUCUGGGUGCGCAGGUGCGCUGCUGGUCUCGGUUGGGGUGCUGAGUGGCCCUGGAAUUCUGUAUCAAGCUGUCCUCUCCCUGGCCAGGUCCACUUAAGCCUUUGAUAGAGAAUCACAUUUUGUCUCAGAAACUGCUGUGCCUACUAUCACUUGAAAAUGAGCCUUCAUGUCUCCGUCGUUGUCAAGCUGGUCUAACUAGAGAAGCCUCCUGUCCCUGGCAGCAUGUCGCUCUCGAGCCACAAAUAAAAGAGUUUCUUGUC